AUGAGCCCCAAACAUGUGGUCUUCAAGAAGCUCUCCCGCGACAAGUCGGUGGGUGUGUACAUGGGGAAGAGGGACUUUGUGGAUCAUGUGGACUAUGUGGACCCAGUGGAUGGUGUCGUGCUGGUGGAUCCCGAGCAGCUGAAAGGGAAAAAAGUGUACAUCAUGCUGUCCUGCACAUUCCGGUACGGCCGAGACGACAUGGAUGUCAUGGGCCUCGCGUUCCGCAGGGACAUCUACCUGUCCACUCGUCAGGUGUACCCCCCUCUGCAGGACAAGGACAGGAGCACCCACACCAAGCUGCAGGAGAGACUACUGCGCAAGCUGGGGGUCAAUGCUUACCCAUUCUUUUUCGAGUUUCCAGACAACCUGCCAUGCUCUGUGGCUCUGCAGCCUCUCCCAACUGACGUGGGGAAGCAAUGUGCUGUAGAGUUUGAAGUGAAGGCUUUCUGUGCUGAGACUCAGGAUGAAAAAGUCCACAAACGGAGCUCUGUGCGUUUGGCAAUCCGCAAAGUGCAGUACGCCCCUGAGCAGGAUGGGCCAGCCCCUUUCAGCGAGACCACUCGCGAAUUCCUCAUGUCAGACAAGCCCUUACACAUGGAGGUCCGACUGGAGAAGCAUACAUACUACCAUGGUGAGCCAAUCAACGUUCACGUGAAUAUCACGAACAGCUCCAGCAAAACGGUGAAGGAGAUUACUGUUUCAGUGGAGCAGGUGGCCCAUGUCGUGCUGUAUUCCAACGAUAAGUACGUGAAACCUGUGGCUAUCGAGGAGACCUCCGAUUCGGUGCCCCCUAGCACCAGUCUGAAGAAGGUAUACACCCUGCUUCCACUACUGGCAAACAACCGUGAGAGACGGGGCAUUGCCCUGGAUGGAAAGCUGAAGCAUGAGGAUACCAACCUGGCGUCUUCUAGCAUGGUGAAGGAUGGUGUGCUCAAAGAGGUGCUUGGAAUCCUGGUAUCCUACCGAGUGGUGGUGAAGCUCACUACUGGCGGGAUGGUUGGAUCCAGUGAGGUUGGUGUUGAGGUGCCGUUCCAGCUCAUGCACCCCAAACCAGAUGCAGUGAAAGAAAACGAGAUGGAGGAAGACCUGGUGUUUGAGGAGUUCAAGCGCAACUACCUGAGGGGGAUUAUUGGGGAUGAUGAUGAGGAGGGCAACGUGUCGCCAGCCGAGACAUGA